CGCAACCUCCGCAUUUCCAGAAUCCCCCAUCUUCUGCCCGGGGAGAGACGGCAAGAAAAGUAUGGGCUAGCCUGGCAUAGUUUAACCUGGUGAUGGUCCCAUUACUACCUCCGGGGUAAUAGAUGCCAUCUUGAGACAGGGCAUGGAGAGUGGGUGAUGCAUAAAACCCCCCUGGGCUGCUCAGUCGAACACUUGCUUCACCGUGUGAGACUUUAUCAUCUACUUUCUUGAUCACUACUGUUUUAUACCCUCAUAUUCCUCCUUGUCAGCGGUACAAUGGAGAAGCCCAGUGCGGACAUUGUCGAGGAUGCGGAUAACCAGCAACUAGGCCAUAUUGCCAACCAGGAGGAUCAUGAACUGAACAAAUGGCAGAGUCUGAAGAAGUACCCCUGGACAUUCUUCUGGUGUACCUAUGCCGUCUGGUGCAUUCUCCUCGUCAGUUUUGAGAACCAGGCUUCCGGUAACGUCACCGGUAUCCCGGAGUUCCGCAAGGACUUUGGCCACUACUAUGAGGGGAGCUGGGUUCUUGAAGCGAAAUGGCAGUCUGCUUUCAGUGGUGCUCCUGUCGCCUCUGCCGUCGUCGGUGCGCUAUGCUCGGGUCAGAUUGCCGAUGCUAUUGGCCGCAAGAUGACCAUUUUGAUUGCUCUUCUCAUCAGUGUUGCAGCCGUCACGCUGGAGUUUGUCUCAACUACGAAUGAGAUGUUCUUCGGUGGAAAGUUCCUGAAUGGCUUUGCUGUUGGAGCUUUGGCUUCGGUGCCUGUUACCUACGUCGGCGAGAUCACUCCUCUCGCUCUUCGUGGUACCCUCACUUGCUUGACUGCCCUCGCCUAUGUCAUCGGUCCCCUUGUAGUCGCCCUCAUCACCAAUUCGACCGGAACUUAUUCAAACCGCUGGGCUUACCGAGCCGUUUUCUGCGCCCAGUACGGCUUUGCAGCCGUCGCCCUGGCCGGUAUUGCCUUCAUGCCCGAGUCCCCCUGGUGGCUCAUUUCAAAAGGCCGCGAAGACAAGGCCCGUCUCUCUUUCCGCAAGCUGGGCUAUAACGAGAACGAGAGCACCAAGAAACUUGUUCUGAUCAAGACCACUCUGGAUGAUGUCCGCCAGGAAACUGAGGGCGCCACUUAUCUGGAAUGUUUCCGGCGUUCUAACCUGCGCCGCACCAUCAUCUCCAUCCUGCCGCUGAGUAUCCAGGCCCUCUCCGGUGUUGCCUUUGUGGCCGGUUAUUCUACAUAUUACAUGCAGCUGGCUGGUUAUAGUACGGCGAUGAGCUUCCGACUUCAGAUCGUGCAGCAGAUUGCCUCGCUCGUCGGUAACGUCAUGUCAUACUUUGUCAUUGACCGCGUCGGUCGUCGCAAUGUCAUGUUCUACGGUCUGGCCAUUCUCACUGCCAUACUGAUGCUGACGGGUGGUCUGGCCGUUGUCGGAUCCCAGACUGAUAACCCCAACUCUGCGGGUGCUAUCAAAGGAACCGUCGCUUUGAUUCUGAUCUACUGCUGGUGGUAUAACAUGACCAUCGGUGCGGCGGGAUAUACCAUUCUGACUGAGGUGUCCACUUCCAGACUGCGUAUUAAGACUAUUGCCAUCGGUCUGGCGCUGCAGAAUGCACUUUACACGAUGUGGUCAUUCGUCCUACCUUACCUUUUCAACCCGGAUGAGGCGAACCUUGGUGCUAAAGUUUCUUUUAUUUUUGGUGGACUUUGUGUCAUUUGUCUUGUUUAUCUGUGGUUCUUCCAGCCUGAGACUACUGGUAGGACUUACGCUGAGCUAGAUGAGAUGUUCAUGAAGAAGGUGCUCGCGAGGAAGUUCAAGACUUACACGACUGAUGCCGAGGCUAUGGGUAUUGCUGCCAAAGGAGAUCAUGAGAUUAGGGUUUAGUUGAUUCGAGGAUGCCCGUGGUGUCACAUUUUGGGGUGACAGGGAAUGAAUAUACGUAUCCAUUUACAACCUUAUUUUGUAUCUACAACCUUGCUAGUCUUGGUCUACCCAUGCUCUGACGAGACCCUUAGGAAAUACUAC